GUCCACCAUUUUACAGUUCUCAAUAUGGUUACAAGAUGUGUGCUAAGAUCUAUAUGAAUGGUGAUAGUCGGGGAAAUGGAACUCAUUUAUCUUUGUUCUUUGUUCUCAUAAAAGGUGAUUACGAUGCUCUACAAACAUGGCCAUUUCAAAAGAAGAUCACAAUGAUGUUAAUUGCUCAAGGAAAUGGUGAUCACAUGAUUGAUGCUUUUCAUUCAGAACCUCGAAGUUCCUUAUUUCAGCGACCAGUAUCUGAUUUGAACCAUUUGGAUUGCCAGUUCUAAUUUCGUCGAUAAAGAGUUUAAGCAAUCUUCCGUUCAUUAAAGAGAAUACAAUGUUUAUUAAGUUAAUAAUUGAAAGAACAAAAAAUCUAAA